AUGUUUUUCAAUUCAGGUAUUUUCACUUCAUCAACAACAACAACAGCAACAACAAACAAUACGUUACAUUCUCUCAAUGAUACAAGCGUGUGCCAUCCUCUACUUUUAGCGCAAGGAAACAAGAGCGAAGUGGGAUUGUGUGACGACCAUGUAUCAGCACGAGUGAUUGCUGCAGUCGUGUUGAUGGUUCAUACAUGUCUCUUGGUGGUCUCUUUUGGUGGUCUGGUGUAUAAACUGGUCAAGUUGUCUAAAAACCAGUCAUCUCAAAAAGUGAAUUUUCUUACCCUUGCACGAAACCCAACAUUAAUCGUCAUUGGGUGCAGUGUUGGUUAUGCAUGUACCUUUGUCAUGUGUACUAGAAUUCUAAUUGGUCGCAAGAGUUAUCCUUGCUUUAUCUUCACUCUCGUCUAUUACUUUUGCAUUCCGUGGAUAGCAGGUACAACCUUACUACGAUUUAUUCGACUGAUUGUAUUGUCGUGGCUCAACAGUGUGAAAAUGAGAAUUGGAAAGAGAGAAUUGUUGCAUGUGACUGAGAAGGACAUGUUGCUUGUUGAUGCGAAACAGUCAACUGGAUCGAACAUGACCAGUCUAUCAACCAGUGGCUUUAGUGGGUCCCAAACGAGUGUGGCAUCAUCAACGAAUACCCUCACAAGAGGGUCCAGUUAUUCCCUUCGAAUGGAAGACAUAUUCAAGCUUCCAAAAGACACGGAUGUGGCUGCCACUGGUGACAUGCAAGACGAAGAUGUCAUUCUCAAGAAAGACACCUUGUUGCAAAGUUUUGAAAAAGGACGAUUGAUCGAACUGUUGAGAUUUUCAGUGAGCUCAAAAUUCAUUUACUUGUUUUACGGAAUUAUUACUUUUAUUCAUGUUUCGAUCUAUUUGAUUAUUGGAGGAAUUGAUUAUUACAAUUUUGUAAAUGGUAUCAAAACUUCCUCCACGAACAGUAGGCAAGCAUUUGUCGUAGAUACAUACAUCUUUUCACCAGGAGGAUGUGGAACAGGCUCCUAUAACACAAAUAUUUUCAUUUCGUUCUUGGCAAUUUAUGCUGCUUUUGGAGCAUUAUUCGCAAUCAUUGCCUUGCUGAUGAAAAAGGAUAUUUGGUUUGUGAAAAUUGAAAUUGGGUUUCUCUCUUUGAAUUGGAUAUUUUUUGCUCUACUUUAUGGAAUUCCUAGCUUAUUUUCACAGAUUACAACCUUAGUGGAUUAUUACUUUCCUUGGGUUAUGACUAUUCUGUUUGGAUGUAUUGCAGAUCUUAUCAUGUCAUGUUUUGUACCUGUAUUUAUCUAUCAAAAAGUUGAUAGAGGAAAACGAGACAUGGAAAUUGAACUAGCUUCCUCAAACAACUCCAAGGAAGACAAUGUGAUUCGAAAAAUAUUAACCAACUCCAAGUGGAAUGCAUUAUUCUUACAAUUCUCAGAAAAGAGCUUUGCAUCUGAAGACGUCAUGAUGUGGCAUGCAGUGGAACAAUUCAAGAAAGUCACUUCAGAAAAAUUACGUAUUGAGCUCUUUUUGAAAAUAUGUGACACGUAUUUACGAAUUGGAGCACCACUCGAAUUGAAUAUUCCAAGAAAAGAUUUUGGUGUUCCUGAAAUUAUGGCCUUGUACACUUCAUUACGAGCUAGCCGACAACUUUCCAACAAGGGAAAUUCUCCAACAACAGUCACAUUGCCACCCACCACGAGUGUCUCAGUCUUUCGAACUGAAGUUUCAGAGAAGAGUGCAAUCUCUCCCACCAUCCUUGUUGCACCAAACAUUUUUGAUCGAGUUCAAAUAUGCUGUGAACAUAACAUGCUUGACAAUUAUACAAGGUUUGAAGCCAUCUACUCGAAACAACUUGCUUCAGAGCUUAACAUUACUUCCUCUAGGUAA